AUACUCAACAGCUGGUGAAAAUAAUUGACGUUAUUUUAAGAUCUUGAACGAUUUUUUUAUUAUUUAUUUUUGUCGCUACGUUUUUCAUUAACAACCGGCAUCAGUGAUAAUUUAAUUAUUUUUCAAAAUGACUGAACAAGUAAAAACUGCAAAAGAAAUUCGUCAAGGAUAUUUGGAUUUUUUUAAAAGCAAGGGUCAUGAAUAUAUUCACUCUAGCUCAACAAUUCCUCAUGAUGAUCCAACACUUUUAUUUGCUAAUGCUGGAAUGAAUCAGUUUAAACCAAUUUUCUUGGGGACUGUUGAUCCAAAUAGUGACAUGUCAAAAUGGGUGAGAGUUGUUAAUUCACAAAAAUGCAUACGUGCUGGUGGUAAACACAAUGAUCUUGAUGACGUUGGAAAAGAUGUAUAUCAUCAUACAUUUUUUGAAAUGAUGGGAAAUUGGUCAUUUGGUGAUUAUUUUAAAAAAGAAAUAUGUUCAUGGGCAUGGGAAUACUUGACUGUAGUAUUAAAACUUCCAAUUGAUCGUCUUUAUGUAACAUAUUUUGGUGGUGAUAAAAAAUCUGGUUUAGAACCUGAUGAUGAAUGUAAAAAUAUUUGGUUGUCACUUGGUGUUCCAUCAAGUCAUGUACUUCCAGGUAGUAUGAAAGAUAAUUUUUGGGAAAUGGGUGAAACUGGACCAUGUGGACCAUGUAGUGAAUUGCAUUAUGAUCGUAUUGGUUCACGUGAAGCUGCACAUCUUGUUAAUCAAGAUGAUCCAGAUGUACUUGAAAUAUGGAAUCUUGUUUUUAUUCAAUAUAAUCGUGAGAAUGAUGGUAGUCUUCGUAGUUUACCUAAAAAACAUAUUGAUUGUGGUCUUGGAUUAGAACGUUUAGUAUCAGUUAUACAAAAUAAACGUGCAAAUUAUGAUACUGAUUUAUUUAUGCCAAUUUUUGAUGCUAUUGAAAAAGGAACUGGUGCUAAAUCAUAUACUGGUAAAAUUGGUGAUGAUGAUAUUGAUGGUGUUGAUAUGGCAUACAGAGUACUUGCUGAUCAUGCUAGAACAAUAACAAUUGCACUUGCUGAUGGUGGAAUGCCUGAUAAUACUGGACGUGGUUAUGUAUUACGUAGAAUUUUACGUCGUGCUGUACGUUAUGCUACUGAAAAACUAAAUGCUAAACCUGGAUUUUUUAGUUCACUUGUUCAUGUUGUUGUUGAACUUCUUGGUGAUGUAUUUCCUGAAUUAAAAAAAGAUCCACAAUCAAUUAUUGACAUUAUUAAUGAAGAAGAAACACAAUUUUUAAAAACACUAACACGUGGUAGAAAUUUACUUGAUCGUACAAUAUCAAAAUUGGAUAAUAAUACUAAAAUUAUACCUGGUGAAAUAGCAUGGCGUCUUUAUGAUACAUAUGGUUUUCCAAUUGAUUUAACACAACUUAUGACUGAAGAAAAAGGUCUUAAAGUUGACAUGAUUGCUUAUGAAGAAUCUAAAAAAAUUGCACAAAUUAAAUCACAAGGUAAAACUGGUGGUGUUGAUGAUGAAAUUAAUCUUGAUAUUCAUGCAAUAACUGAUUUACAAAAAUUAAAUAUACCACCAACAGAUGAUUCAUUUAAAUAUAAUUAUAAAUCAUCACCUGAUAAAAAUUCAAAUUAUGAAUUUGAUAGUUGUAUUGGUACUGUUAUUGCAAUUAGAAAAAAUAAAAUGUUUGUUGAUGAGGCUAAAUCUGGUGAUGAAAUUGGUGUUUUACUUGAUAAAACAUGUUUUUAUGCUGAACAAGGUGGACAAAUAUAUGAUGAAGGAUUUUUAGUUAAAAUAUCUGAUGAUAAAGAUGAAUCAACUGAAGUAUGUAUUAAAAAUGUACAAGUACGUGGUGGUUAUGUUUUACAUAUUGGUACUAUUGGUGCUGGUACUCUAAAAAAAGGUGAUAAAUUAAAUUUAAAUAUUGAUAUAUCACGAAGAAAAUUAAUUAUGAAUAAUCAUUCAGCAACUCAUGCACUUAAUCAUUCAUUGAGACUUGUACUUGGUAAUGAUGCUGAUCAAAAAGGAUCACUUGUUGCACCAGAUAGACUUAGAUUUGAUUUUACAAAUAAAGGUGCAAUGACACCAUUACAAGUUAAAAAUACAGAAAUUCAUACAAAUCAAAUGGUUCAUGAUAAUAAAAAAAUAUAUGCUAAAGAAAGUAAAUUAGGUAUUGCAAAAACAAUUCAAGGUUUACGUGCAAUGUUUGAAGAAACUUAUCCAGAUCCAGUUAGAAUUGUCAGUAUGGGUAUUCCAAUUGAGGAACUUGAAAAAAAUCCACAGAGUCUUGAUGCAACUAAAACAAGUGUUGAAUUUUGUGGUGGUACACAUUUACAUUAUACUGGACAUAUUGGUGAUUUUGUUAUUGCAAGUGAAGAAGCUAUUGCCAAAGGUAUUCGUCGAAUUGUUGCAUUAACUGGUCCUGAAGCAACAAAAGCACUCAACAAAGCUGAACUAUUGCAAAAUCGUCUUAAUAAUAUUCAAAAAACAGUUGAUGCUGAUAAAAAUGGUAAAGAUUCAAAGGAACAUGUUAAAAAAAUUGUUGAACUUACUGAGGAUAUUUCUCAAGCUGUUAUUCCAUACUGGAAAAAAGAUGAGAUGAGAAUGUUUUUAAAAGGAUUAAAAAAAAAUUUAGAUGACAAAGAUCGUGCUGCAAAAACAGCAAUUGCAAAUCUUGUUGUUGAAAAAAUUGAAAAAAUUAUUAAGGAUAAUGUUGGUGUUGCUGUUUUAGUUGAAAAACUUGAUGCUUUUAGUAAUACAAAAGCAUUGGAUACUGCCUUGAAAAAAGUCAAGUCAAUAUCACCAGAAACUAGUGCACUUUUUAUAAGUGUUGAUGAAGAUUCUAAAAAAAUAUUUGCACUUGCAGCAGUACCAAAAAGUGUUAAUGCUAAAGGACUGAAGGCCAAUGAAUGGAUUCAAGCAAUUGCUACAUUGAUGCAAGGCAAAGGUGGUGGAAAAGCUGAAUCUGCUCAAGCAUCUGGACCAAAUUGGACUUGUUCAAAUGAAGCAUUAGCUAUUGCCAAGGAAUUUGCAAAUACAAAACUUGGAAUUAAAGCAAAUAAUGAGUGUAAAACAACUGUAACAACAACAGCAAUUAAAGAGCAAAUAUCUGAUGAAUUUAUUUUAUAUGCUAAUGAAUUGAGUAUUAAAAAAUAUCGUGCACAAAUUGCUGCUAAAUUUGGUGGUAAAAAAAUAAUUAUUAAAAAUACAACAGAUGGUACAAUUAAAUUGACUGGAAAUAAUGUUGAAUUGUUUAAUGCAAAUGCAAUAACAUUUUAUUUGGCUGGUGAUAAAUUAAAAUAUUCUGAUGAUUUAUAUUCAAGUCAAAUUAUUCAGUGGAUGGAUUUUGCUGAUAAUGAAUUAUUGCCAUUAAUUUGUGCUAGUUUUAUUAAAACUAAUAAAAAAACAACAAAGUCAAAUGAACUGGCUAACAAAAGUUUACUUGAUACAAUCAAAGUUUUGGAUAAUAUUUUGCUAAAUCAAACUUAUUUUGUUGGUGAAAAAAUGACACUUGCUGAUGUAGCUAUUUUUACAACAAUGUUAACAAUUUACGAGCAAUCAUUUGAUUCAUUUGACAAAAAAAAAUAUACCAAUCUUUCAAGAUGGUUUAUGACUCUUGUUAAUCAACCAGAAAUUAAAACAAUUAUUGAAAAUUUCAAAUUUUAAUUUCAUAUGCAAAUAAAACAAUGUUUUAAUUAUACUUUUGUAUAAAUUUUUAAUAUUUUCAAAAUAAUAAAUAAUAAAAAGUUUUUCAAUCAUCA